GCUCUGGGGAGGGGAGGGUAGGGGUGAGUUGGUCGCUAUCGCUUGGUUGCCUGCCAGCUGCAGUAGACUCUAGCGGUACAGUGAGUGACUCAGCAGCAGCACAGCAGCAGCCUUGACAGUGAACCGUAGUCUUGUCGACCACUACCAUGCCAGAGCCAAAGCCUUUUGAGCGCCUACCAGGCAACAUUAAACCCCUCCACUACAACAUCACUCUGCAGCCCAACCUUGUCAAGUGUGUAUUUCAUGGCUCAGAGGAGAUUGACAUCGAGAUUAAGGAAGCUACAAAGCAAGUCAAGUUCAAUACAUUGGAUUUGACCUUACGUGAUAUAAAGAUAAGGCUUCCAUCAGGAGAAGACCUUGUUCCAGCAUCAACUGAGAUUUCUACAGCUAAUGAGAUGGUUAUUCUUACCUUUGAUGAAACUUUACCCAUUGGAACUGCCAAGUUAAGUCUGUCUUUUGAUGGAGAGCUAAAUGACAAGAUGAAAGGAAUGUACAGAAGCAAAUAUACCUCACUCACAGGGGAGGAGAGAUUCACGGCUGUUACUCAGCUAUGCCCCACCUACGCCCGCCGAUGCUUCCCCUGCUGGGAUGAACCCGCCCUCAAAGCAUUAUUUACCCUCUGUGUCACUGCCCCAAACCACUGUGUGGCAUUAAGUAACAUGCCAGAAAUUUCAAGGAAGCCACAUGAAUCUGAUCCUAACCUUCAAGUGGUGAAAUUUGGCACCUCUCCACUAAUGUCAACUUACUUGGUGGCUGUUGUGGUUGGAGAGUACGACUUUGUGGAAGAUACUUCAACAGAUGGCAUAAAGGUGCGUGUAUACACUCCCGUUGGCAAGCAAGAACAAGGCAAGUUUGCUCUGGAUGUAGCCACCAAAGUACUCCCCUACUACAAAGAAUACUUCAGUAUUGCUUAUCCCUUACCCAAGAUUGAUCUUAUUGCCAUAGCAGACUUCUCUGUUGGUGCCAUGGAAAACUGGGGUCUAGUUACCUAUAGAGAGACCUGCCUUCUGGUGGAUCCCCACAACACCAGUGCCAGCCAGCGGCAGUGGAUUGCAUUGGUGGUAGGACAUGAAUUAGCUCACCAGUGGUUUGGUAACCUUGUUACUAUGGAAUGGUGGACUCAUCUGUGGCUUAAUGAAGGCUAUGCAACCUUCGUGGAGUUCCUAUGCGUGGAUCACCUGUUUCCUGAGUAUGACAUCUGGACACAGUUUGUGAGCAACACUUACAUCCGAGCUUUAGAGUUGGAUGGUCUAAAAAAUUCUCAUCCCAUUGAGGUACCUGUAGGUCAUCCGUCCGAAGUGGAUGAGAUUUUUGAUGACAUAUCUUACAAUAAAGGAGCAUCAGUCAUCCGCAUGCUGCAUUGCUAUCUUGGUGACCAGGACUUCAGAGCAGGAAUGAACAAGUACCUGACAAGACACCAGUAUGCCAACACAUACACAGAGGAUCUGUGGGCAGCCUUGAGUGAGACUUCUAACAAGCCUGUUGGGGAAGUGAUGAGCACCUGGACCAAGCAAACUGGUUUUCCUAUGAUUUCUGUUAGUUCCCACCAGGAUGGAGACAACAGAGUUCUGUCUCUUACACAACAGAGGUUUCUGGCUGAUGGAUCCACAGGAGACAACAAUAUGUGGAUGGUUCCCAUCAGCAUUUCAACAGAGAAGAAUCCAUCUAAAGUAGUGGAAGAAGUGUUGCUGGAGGGAAAAACAACCAAGGUUGUUCUUGAUGGAAUUUCUUCUUGUACAUGGGUGAAACUCAAUCCUGGCACUGUUGGAUAUUAUAGGAUACAAUAUCCUCCUGAAAUGCUUGCCCAGCUUAUUCCUGCAAUCCAAACUAAACAACUCCCGCCUCUUGAUCGACUGGGGAUUUUUGAUGAUCUCUUCUCCAUGGUGCAGGCUGGCCAUACCAGCACCGUGGAGGUCCUGAAAGUACUACGAGCUUUUGAGGAUGAAACAGACUAUACUGUGUGGUCUGCCUUGCACAACUGUGUUGCACGCCUCAAUCAGCUGCUGUCCCACACAGAUUUCCAUCAUAACUUUGCUGCCUUUGUCAGGAAUCUUUUUCGCAAGAUAAGCCAGCGGCUAGGAUGGGAAGCUAAGCCUGGUGAAAAACACCUGGAUACCUUGCUGAGGUCAUUGGUAUUAGGACAGCUUGGUCUUUAUGGAGAAGAGUCUGUGGUUACAGAGGCCAAGAAGCGACUGCUGGCCCAUGUCGCUAAUACUGUUACUCUGCCUGCUGAUCUGCGCUCCCCUGUGUACAAGACUGUUGUUUCACAAGCUGAUGAAAAGACAUAUGAGCAAAUGCUUAAGCUGUACCGUGAGGCUGACCUUCAUGAGGAAAAGGACCGCAUCUCUCGUUCACUGGGAGCCACUAGAGACCCCAACCUCAUUCAGCGUGUCCUGCAGUUUGCCAUGUCUAGUGAGGUGAGGAACCAGGAUACCAUCUUUGUCAUCAUCAGUGUGGCAAUGACAGCUCCCGGCCGCUCUGCUGCAUGGGCUUUCUUCAAGAAGAAUCAUCAGGAGCUGCUUGACAGAUAUGAGGGUGGAUACCUGGUCACCCGAUUGAUACGAUACAUCACUGAAAACUUUGCCAGUGAAGAGAUGGCAGCUGAAGUUGAAAACUUCUUCCGUGAUAAGCAAAUUCCUGGUACAGAGAGAACAGUACAGCAGAGCUUAGAAACCAUCAGGCUCAAUGCAGCCUGGCUGCAGCGUGACCAGGAUGCCAUCAAGAAGUAUUUGGCAGAGGCUGCAGAGUAAUAAAAAGUACCCCACCACACCUGCCACUGUGUUUAUCUCUAGAUAUCUGUCUCUGUCACAGUAUACUCCAUUAUCUCUCUCUCUCUCUCUCUCUCUCUCUCUCUCUCUCUCUCUCUCUCUCUCUCUCUCUCUCUCUCUCUCUCUCUCUCUCUCUCUCUCUCUCUCUCUCUCUCUCUCUCUCUCUCUCUCUCUCUCUCUCUCUCUCUCUCUCUCUCUCUCUCUCUCUCUCUCUCUCUCUCUCUCUCUCUCUCUCUCUCUCUCUCUCUCUCUCUCUCUCUCUUUUUUUUACUCUGCUUUGAGCAGUCACUAUUAUCCUUGAGCAAGAGGAUGGGAUAUACUCAUACUGUGUGUUUGAAAUGUGUGAGAUUCUAGCCUUAUUUGUAGAUUGGUUUCCAAGAGCUCAAAGCUCUUUUCAUGAUGGUAACACCUAGCAGUCACAAACUCAAAACAUGAUCAAGACCCUGGUGGAUUACACACACACACACACACACACACACACACACACACACACACACACACACACACACACACACACACACACACACACACACACGAAGGCAAUAAUAAAAAGUGGCAUGAUGAUUGUUUUCUAAUUGAUAAUAACUUUAAUUGUUCAUUAUUAUAUUUUUAAGAAUGCAUCUUAGGGGCCUUAAGCCAGCAUUCAGUGUUCAAUCAAACGUUCCAAGGAAAGGCCGUAAAUGGAUGCAGGAUACCUCAUAGAGUACAAGCUCACCAAGCUGGCUAAUUAUACUUAAAGUAUUCUUUAGUAUCUCCAGAAAUUGCUGUUGUUUAUUAUCACAUGAUUUAACAUAUUACUAGAGAUAGUGAUUACUAAUUAAACUUGUGACCAUACAAUUUCAUAGUUUGUCUUGCUCUAUAAAGUUAAUAUUAUAGGCUUCCAAAGACUGCUCAUGAGUACUUUGAAUUUCUUAAGUAUUGACUCUGCAUUGUGAUAUGCUUUACUAACUUUUUCAUUUUAUUUUAUUUCAAGAUUCAUGUUGUGAAUAUUGAACAUAAAAGUGUGCUGACCUGGGUAUCACAUUCUAAUUUUUGAAUAAAUAAAAUAAUUAUAAAAUUA